GAAACAAGUCGACUAAUUGGUUUAAUAGCCUUAGCCUACUAUCGAUGUGCCAUAUUUAUUUCGUGAGCAACCGCAAGCCCUGCUUUCAUUUUGACGCUUUUGGAGUCUGUUUGGAGAUGACAAUACACUAGAAAGUGUAUUUUAUUGUAUGAAGUAUUGGUUCCAUUUUUUUUUUAUAACGGAAUAUAGCCUAGGCAUCUUGUAUGAGAUGAAAACAGUUCCAGAGAGCGAAAUACGUUCAUUGGUUUUGGUCACAAUACGAAGAAACGAUGUCGCAUUAUUGUGAGGAUCUUCAUCGUUUGGAAAUCUCUUUUUGAAUGGGACGCUUAAGAGUGGCUCAUAAGAUGUUUGCAACUUCUUCACCAACAAGCUGAGACUCAGCCAUCAAACAGUAGAAUGUGUCCCGUUGUGCCACAACCGCUGGGUGUGUCCAUUGACGGGCAUUUACAUGGCUUUAGGGUUACCUUGGCAUUCCUCCUGUCCAUGUGUCUGUCCCGUAUGACGUUCACGGCCGCCUGCCCACCACCCUGCCUGUGUGCCAGCGACAUCGUCUCCUGCAGUGGUCUCAAUCUGUCAACCGUUCCCCCUGACCUCCCUGGCUAUGUCACCCGAUUGGACCUCAGUCACAAUGUCCUCACUGCUCUGCUCUUGGAUUGGCCAGACCGGUGUCUGGACAGGCUGACCACGCUGGUCCUCAGUCAAAACGCCAUUACCCAUCUGGCACCGGACACCUUCGCCCCCACCCCUCACCUUCGCCACCUGGACCUCUCGUCCAAUGGGCUGUCUCGGCUCAACGCAUCUGCCUUCCAUGGGCUCGGGGAACUGGAAGUGCUGCUUCUGUUUGGAAACCACAUCAGUCAGACCAUGGCGGGUGCCUUCCAGGGUCUGAGCAGCCUGGAAAGGCUGUAUCUGGGCGGGAACAGACUGACUGCCUUCCCCCUGGAGCUCUACCAGCGAGAUGGGGAUCUGCCAUGUCUGCGUUUCCUGGAUUUGUCGAUGAACAUGGUGAGGCAGGUGCCCGUGCAGAGCCUACUCUCUCUGGCCACCUGGCAGCAGAGUGGCAUCUAUUUGCAGGGGAACCCGUUGGUGUGCGACUGUGCCCUGCGAGCCAUGCUGGAGUACUGGGAGAGGAGGCAGUACCGUCCCCUACUAGACUUCAGGGAGGAGUAUCCAUGCAGCCUGGGUCAGGAGGAGUGGCUGAAUUGUUCUGCUAGCCCUCAGGGUGGGUUCCAUGGAACUGUAGAAGUGUCUUACCAGGCAGAGCCUGGUGAUUGGCUCAUGGUGCCGUGCCCUGGCGUUUCGCUCCCCCUCCGGGAAGGGUUGAUGGUGUUCUGGGUGACCCCGGGCGAUGGAUCCCCGGCACUGGGCGUAACAGACGGUCAGAGCAGCCGCCUCACGGUCCUCACCAACGGUACCCUGGAGAUCCGAGGGGCUCUCCGUGAGGAUUCAGGGACUUACUCAUGCGUGGCAGUCCGCGGUCGACACCGGAGCUCCAACGAGACUUUGGAGGUCACCGUCUCCGUAGGUAACCCCAGCGGACUGGGCAAGAGCGGGGAGGAACGUAGCAGUGGCGGGGAGCAUUUUAACACGGCAUUUACCACGCUGGCGUCCUGUGUGGUCAGCAUCGUCCUGGUGCUCCUCUACCUGUACCUCACUCCCUGCCGUUGCCAUGGUGGAAAGGCCGGGGGCGUUGGUGGGUGCGGCGGGCGAGCCAUGCUCCUCUGUGCAGACCCCAGAGAGGCGGAGCUCGCAGACAGAAGGGUCACCGGUGGAAAGAGGGUGGCCUUCCUCGAAACGGGGGGCGAGCACCCCCACAAAUGCAGGGCCAAGCACCCAGUAAUGGACGCUGCAGCCAUAGAGGGCAUUUUGAAGAAUGGAAGCAGGGCCUUGGAGCAGGUCCUCGAAGAACACGUUGCGUAGCAUUCAGGGUGUGUCCUUCAAGCCCCACCAGGCUUUCACUGGACUAGACUACACCAUGCAAAAUGGACUGUUUGUAACAUGGUUCUCAAAAUGCCAAAUAUUGAAACCUCGCAUUGAGAAUCCAUACAUGAAAGUAGUUUUAACACCUGUUAUUUCACAACAGUGAUCAGACUGCUUUUUAAUGUUAUACCUACUGUGUGGAUAGAUAUGGAAACAGUAGUUGGUGUCUUUAUGUCAAAGUUUUAUACAUAUGAACUUGCAGAUAAAGAAAUAGUUCCAAACAAAAUACAUUCUGUGGAACACCUGUGUGAAAUGCUUUAUGUAGGCAUUCAUGGGUCUAUAAUGUUAUUACAGGAUACACAUGGUAUACACUGUCCAUCCAAAUGCUUACUUGCAGGCUCCUAGUCUGUCAUAAGGUGCCAUGCGCUAUUAUGAAUGAUCAUAACAGGGUGAACACUGACUGUACGUGUAUUCUUAAUGUAUUAUAUGCAGGUUGAAUGGAUGCAUUCAGACAAAGAUGCCAAAGUCGACCCUGAUCAGUGUCUGGGGACUAGCCAGCUCUAGCCCCAAGCCUCCCAUGACCUAUAUACUAUUGUUGUUCUCGGUUAUUUUUGCAGGUGUGACUGUGAAUAGAGUUUUUCAAGGUAAGGAAGGGACUGAUAUGUUACUGCUGGUAUUAAUAUAUUGAAAUAACUUGGAUAUUGACAUUCAUUUAGAAGACCUACAUUUCAUUGUCUUGAUGUUGUAUGUUAAUUUAAGUAUAUAUGCAUUUCAGAUGAGUAGGCUUUUUUAUCCAUCAAUGAUCUCGAAACAGUGCAAGAGACCUGCUAUAUCUUGCAGACACCAUUUUUAGAAAGAAAACACUUAAUUUUAUCUUAGCGUUAGGCUGUAAUGGAAUAAAGCUUUAAAAAGCGUGUUCACGUCCUUUGAGGUGAUGGAGUGGACAGGAAUUGAUUGCCGAGAUCCCCCCCUCACUGACAGUUCUCUAGGGGACAUAUUUAACUACAGUAGGUUCCCACUCCCACCCCCACUGACAGUUCUCUAGGGGACAUAUUUAACUACAGUAGGUUCCCACCCUCACUGACAGUUCUCUAGGGGACAUAUUUAACUACAGUAGGUUCCCACUCCCAUCCUCACUGACAGUUCUCUAGGGGACAUAUUUAACUACAGUAGGUUCCCACUCCCACCCCCACUGACAGUUCUCUAGGGGACAUAUUUAACUACAGUAGGUUCCCUCUCCCACCCCCACUGACAGUUCUCUAGGGGACAUAUUUAACUACAGUAGGUUCCCACUCCCACCCCCACUGACAGUUCUCUAGGGGACAUAUUUAACUACAGUAGGUUCCCACUCCCACUGACAGUUCUCUAGGGGACAUAUUUAACUACAGUAGGUUCCCACCCUCACUGACAGUUCUCUAGGGGACAUAUAUAACUACAGUAGGUUCCCACUCCCACCCUCACUGACAGUUCUCUAGGGGACAUAUUUAACUACAGUAGGUUCCCACUCCCACCCCCACUGACAGUUCUCUAGGGGACAUAUUUAACUACAGUAGGUUCCCACUCCCACCCCCACUGACAGUUCUCUAGGGGACAUAUUUAACUACAGUAGGUUCCCACUCCCACCCCCACUGACAGUUCUCUAGGGGACAUAUUUAACUACAGUAGGUUCCCACUCCCACUGACAGUUCUCUAGGGGACAUAUUUAACUACAGUAGGUUCCCACCCUCACUGACAGUUCUCUAGGGGACAUAUAUAACUACAGUAGGUUCCCACUCCCACCCUCACUGACAGUUCUCUAGGGGACAUAUUUAACUACAGUAGGUUCCCACUCCCACCCCCACUGACAGUUCUCUAGGGGACAUAUUUAACUACAGUAGGUUCCCACUCCCACCCCCACUGACAGUUCUCUAGGGGACAUAUUUAACUACAGUAGGUUCCCACUCCCACCCCCACUGACAGUUCUCUAGGGGACAUAUUUAACUACAGUAGGUUCCCACUCCCACUGACAGUUCUCUAGGGGACAUAUUUAACUACAGUAGGUUCCCACCCUCACUGACAGUUCUCUAGGGGACAUAUAUAACUACAGUAGGUUCCCACUCCCACCCUCACUGACAGUUCUCUAGGGGACAUAUUUAACUACAGUAGGUUCCCACUCCCACCCCCACUGACAGUUCUCUAGGGGACAUAUUUAACUACAGUAGGUUCCCACUCCCACCCCCACUGACAGUUCUCUAGGGGACAUAUUUAACUACAGUAGGUUCCCACUCCCACCCCCACUGACAGUUCUCUAGGGGACAUAUUUAACUACAGUAGGUUCCCACUCCCACUGACAGUUCUCUAGGGGACAUAUUUAACUACAGUAGGUUCCCACCCUCACUGACAGUUCUCUAGGGGACAUAUAUAACUACAGUAGGUUCCCACUCCCACCCUCACUGACAGUUCUCUAGGGGACAUAUUUAACUACAGUAGGUUCCCACUCCCACCCCCACUGACAGUUCUCUAGGGGACAUAUUUAACUACAGUAGGUUCCCACUCCCACCCCCACUGACAGUUCUCUAGGGGACAUAUUUAACUACAGUAGGUUCCCACUCCCACCCCCACUGACAGUUCUCUAGGGGACAUAUUUAACUACAGUAGGUUCCCACUCCCAAUGACAGUUCU